UGAAGUGUCAAAAGUAGUGGAUGAGCCUGCUAGAAACGUCAAUAAACUCGAAACGAUUGUUAAACAAUGCUUUAGGUUAUUUACCAAUGUAAUUAAUUCGGGAGGAAGCCAGCAAAACUCAUAGAUCACUAAAGUAAGACUGUAAUGAGCUAGAGUGUACUUACGGAUAAGGUAUGGCCGAAUUACUCCGCACAGGAAGUGGGCAGAAUGCAGGUAUAAUGAAAGACAAAUUAGGAUCUCCCAGCACAGGAAGCGACGAUGGAAACGAACAGGAUGCUCACGGGGCCAUCAAACCUGAACAGGACGAGUUAGAUUUGGGCGACAGUGCUCAUUAUGCGCCCCCCGAAACGCUGUGGUAUCAUGGGAGGUUGGAUCGCUACCAAGCCGAAGAGAGAUUGUGGCAGUGUAACAAAUUGGGUGCCUAUUUAGUAAGAGAAAGUGACAGGAAACCUGGAAGCUAUGUCCUUUCAUAUUUAGGUAGGACUGGAAUGAACCACUUCCGAAUAACAGCAGUAUGCGGAGAUUUUUAUAUUGGUGGGAGGCAGUUUGUGUCUUUAAAUGACUUGGUCGGUUAUUAUAAGGAAUGCAGCGAUUUGUUGAAGAGAGAAAGACUGGUACAUCCUGUGGCACCCCCGGAACCUGUUAAUGAUAAAAAGAGAGUGGUGGCGAUACUGCCUUACACAAAAAUGCCCGACACAGACGAACUGACUUUCAAGAAGGGCGAUAUAUUUUUUGUACACAACGACAUGGGCAACGGGUGGUUGUGGGUUACUGCUCAUCGAACCGGGGAGCAAGGGAUGAUUUUCCGGGAGUUAGUUGAGGAUCUGGAUGACAGCAUAGAUCCCAAUACUGUUUUUCCUUGGUUUCACCCGAACUGUACAAAAAAUGAGGCUGUGGAUUUGCUCGUUAAAGCGGGUCCCGGUAGUUUUCUGGUACGUCCCAGUGACAACUCCCCUGGCGAUUAUUCCUUAUUUUUCCACAUCAACAACCAAAUCCAACGUUUUCGCAUAGAAAAGAAGGGUGUACGGUAUCUAAUGGGUGGUAGGAUAUUUGAAUGCUUGGAUGCCGUCAUCAACAGAUACAGAAAAGAACAGAUCGUCGAGGGAUACACGCUACAACAUCCCUUGGUUGUUGACGGUUCCAAACAGUUGGAUUGGGUGCCUGAAAAUCAGAAGGCAAAAUCGGAAGCGGAGAAAAUCUAUGCCACUUUGAGAGAAUGUCGCGACCAAGCCGGUUUGAAGAAGAUGCGUGGUAUUAAACAUCAAGGCUACCUCCACAGAAAAUC